CCGUGAUUUCUCUCUCUCCAUAGUGCAUAUACAACGAUUCAGGCACUGGAAUCUCUUCUCUCCGCAAUUCAGCAGUCUUCGCACAGAUAGGAGAUGUUGGCUUCUUCGACCUGAGAUCUUUGGCCUGCUGAUCGGUUCAGUUUCUUCCUGCGUUCAAUGCUUGUAUUGCCGGUUUGUUCUUCGAUUCAUGAGCUUUGCUGGCAAAGCUGUUGGAGUGAAAAUAGCUAGCCAAGGUGCUCCGGCUGAGGAAGUGAAAAAGUUUCUUACCCAUUCUGCUCACCACUGCUUCUGGAAAAUUCACCCUGCUGCUCCUGCUCAUCUUGAGGACGCCAUCUUCUUCUCUUCCUUUGCUGCCCGUGUCAAAAUUAAAUUUAGGUAUGUUUUCUGCCUCUUAUUUUUUCCAACUUAUAUUAGUGCUGUAUUCUUCCUGGCUAUUUGUCUCAAGCAUUCUCCCAAUGAUUCAUGUUCCAUCAAGGCUGAUGCUGCUGAGGUUGUGAGGCAAGUGAUUUCCACCUUCUUUUGCAAGCUGAAUGGGUAAAUGAUCCCUAACUUGUGCUUUAUUGACUUUUUGUCUUCUAAGAUCGUACCUGAUCUUUCCUCCAAUAAAUUUUCUUUUUUGCAGUUAUUCUCAGAGAUGAUGGAUUAAUGUAUUGGCUGGACUUCACGUCCUAGGACAUGCUCAAUCCUGGUAGUUUGAUUGAUACUAUUCUCAUUAUUUAUUCGACGUAUUUUCACUCUGCUAUUAAAGGAAACAUAUGUCCAAGAUGGACGUAAACCUAUAUUAAACUUUUGAUGUUGAUGGCACGAUGGCAUCACUUUUACAAAGAGAUUACCUUCCAAAUCUUUCUUUAUCUUCUGUUUCUUUACUUUCGGUUUGUUAUUUGUCUGUUUUCAAUUUUUUUUGUUAGUACCUUUUUCUUUUCCUUUUUUUUUCCUUUCUUUUUCCACUGGCCUUCACUAACGUGAACUACUGGUACUCACCUUCGCCGAAAAAUGAGACUUCAACUCCUUUUGUCGACGCUAGCUAUAUGCUUAACACAUGCAAGUCGAACCUUGUUUUCGGGAAGUCAUCUUUGUCUGAUGGAGCAACCGAUCUUUGCUUUUGCGCAAACUCUUCUUGCUUGUAUGAAGUAUCUUUAAAGUAGCGAAUGACCAAGAAAACUAACUUCCAUUUUCUCAGACCUAUUUGCAUGCUGUGUACUUUAUACGAAAUUGAUGUUUUGGGCUAUUAUUGUUUUCGUUUGCACUCUUAUACGUUAAAACCAAUGGGACGCUAAUAAAAAAAAUUGAUAAGCUUCUUAAGAAGCUUUCUAUGUGAUAUA